UCCUGCCGCCCCUCGGGCUUCCUCGCUUCACCAACUCCUGUAACUCCUCCCUAGUCCACCUCGACCUAGAAGCCCAAGUCAGCUCCCCCGGUGCGUGACCUUUUCCAUCUGUCGCUCCGGAACUCUUGCUGAGUUCUUCCUUCCUUCGGGAGGCGCGAGCAAGAGACCCAGUGUUCAGCCCUUGACUUUGGUUCGGGUUGGAAAUUCGUAGUUUGGUGUUCAAGAGGAGGGGCAGACACCAGGAGCUUCUGGAAGGACAGCGGCGCUUCUAGGGGAGAUUAGCCAGCACUCGCCGGACAGAGGCUUUUUGGUUGUCUUCAGCCAAACGUUGGCUUACCUUUAGAGUCUGCCAGGGUCCGGCGGUCCCGUGCGGUUCGAAUUCACUGAACAACUUUGAUCUGGGGCGCUAAAUACGAUGAUUUACCUGAGGUGGGAGCGAAGCGGACAGAUUUUUCUGUUCUCUGCAACUUCCUGGGGAUACUCUAAACAUCGCCUAGAAAUGCAAUUUUUAUAAGGUCGUUUUCUCCUUGCUCAUCGAUUUGCUGUCCUGAAAAGGAUAAAACUCCUUUGACAGAGAGACUCAUCUGCAGGUGUCUCUUCAAGGGCAUGCAAAGAUAGUGUACUAAGUCCUGGAACCCAGACACUGAGGAGAGAAACUGCUUUCUGCUGUUAAGGAUGGCCAAACCCACUCGGAGAGGAAACGGCACACACUCUGAAAGCUUACGACAGCGCUUCAGACGAUUCCAUUACCAGGAGGUGGCUGGGCCCCGGGAGGCUUUCAGCCAACUCUGGGAACUUUGCUGUCAGUGGCUAAGGCCAGAGGUGCGGACCAAGGAGCAGAUUGUGGAAUUGUUGGUGCUAGAGCAAUUCCUCACCGUGCUACCUGGGGAGAUCCAGAACUGGGUACAGAAGCAAUGUCCAGAAAAUGGAGAGGAGGCGGUGACACUGGUGGAAGAUUUAGAAAGAGAGCCUAGAAGACCUGGACAUUCGGUCACAGUCUCUGUGAAGGGGCAGAAGAUGACACCCCUGAAAUCAUCACAGGAGUUAUUAAGUGUUCUGCAGGAGUCAGUGGAACCCCAGCCCAAGGGUGUGUCCAAGAAAGAGAGGGCAAGAAGCCCACCCCUGAGACUACAGGAGCAGAUGAACCCAAAGGAGAAUCUCAAACCUUUUCAAAGGAGCGGAUUUCCAUUUCCUAAACCCAAUGUGGUGUCCAGGUUGGAUCAAGGAGAGCCAUGUAUCUCAGAUCUGCUUAGCUCCAAGGAGAAGGAUGUCCCAAAAGGCCACAGCACAGGAUCCAGUCCAUUACCAUCCAAGAGAGAGAGAAUCGGCUGGGUGGAACAGGGUCACUGGGUCUUUGAUGAUGAGAAGGUGGUGGGUGUGCACUGGGGUUACAAAGAGACUAGAACACUCCUUGCAAUUCUCAGUCAGACUGAAUUUUAUGAAGCUCUUCGCAACUGCCACAGGAACAGCCAAGUGUAUGGGGCUGUAGCUGAGAGGCUUCGUGAGUAUGGUUUCCUCCGGACCCUGGAACAGUGUCGGACCAAGUUCAAAGGCCUUCAGAAGAGCUACAGGAAGGUCAAGAGUGGUCAUCCACCCGAUACCUGCCCCUUCUUUGAAGAGAUGGAAGCCCUGAUGAGUGCCCAGGUCAUUUCAUUGCCCAUUGAUGGUCUGGAAGAGGCAGCCUCGCAUUCUGCCCAGGCAGGCAGUGAUGCGGAGACUGAGGAGCCAAGGCAGAGGGACUGGCAGCAUGAAGAUGGAGAGGAGGCUAUAGCUGAAAGGUCGGACAGUGAUGACCUGGAGGCAACCUCCCAGGACCCUGACAACCCACCUGCAUCUGUCCUGUUCCGAAGUCCAAGUGGUGUACACUGGGGCUAUGAUGAAACCAAGACUUACCUUGCAAUUCUUAGUGAGACUCAGUUCUAUGAAGCCCUCCAGAACUGUCACCGCAACAGCCAGUUAUAUGGAGCAGUUGCUGAGAGACUGUGGGAAUAUGGCUUCCUUAGAAGCCCAGAGCAAUGUCGUACCAAAUUUAAAAGCCUACAAACCAGCUAUCGGAAAGUCAAGAAUGGCAUAGCAACAGAAACCUGCCCCUUCUUUGAAGAAAUGGAUGCUUUGGUGAGUGCCCCACCUACUGAUGACCAGGAAAAAGAAACAGUUUCUUGCUGCCUCCAGAGAAGCAGUGAGGCUGAACCUGAGAAGCAAGAUGAGGACACAGAAGAAGAUUCAGAUGAUAAUGACACUGAGAUACCUCCGGAGGCUGUUGCAACCCGUGCCCCGGUCUUGUUCCAGAGCCCCAGUGGUUUCGAGGCUGGAUUUGAUAAUGAAAAGAAUUCAAAACGGGAUAUUUCUGAGGAAGUACAGCUGCAUAGAACAUUACUUGCAAGGUCUGAAAGGAAAAUUCCCUGUCAUGUUAAUCAAAGUAAAGCUAGUAAGAAUGACUGUUCGUCAGAAAGCCAGUGGGAAAAGUCUCAAAGAGAGAAAAAAAGACAACUGGUAUUCCCAGAGAAGAGUAUAGGUAAAGUCCUGACUUAUCAGAGGCCAGGCUUGGAAGACAGACCUUAUAAAUAUCUCAGGUAUGGCAAAAGCUUUGGCCCAAACUCCCAUCUCAUGUAUCAGGUCUCCCAUGAGGUAGAAAACCCAUAUAAAUGCGCUGACUGUGGGAAAAGCUUCAGUCGGAAUGCACGCCUCAUCAGACACCAAAGAAUCCACACUGGAGAAAAACCGUAUAAGUGUCUUGACUGUGGAAAAGGUUUCCGUGACAGUUCCAAUUUCAUUACCCAUCGGAGAAUCCACACAGGGGAAAAGCCUUAUCAGUGCGGUGAAUGUGGAAAAUGCUUCAAUCAGAGCUCAAGUCUUAUAAUUCACCAGAGAACCCACACAGGGGAAAAGCCUUAUCAGUGUGAAGAGUGUGGGAAAAGCUUCAGUAACAGUUCUCAUUUCAGUGCACAUAGGAGGAUACACACAGGAGAGAGACCCCAUGUGUGUACUGACUGUGGUAAGAGUUUUAGUAAGAGUUCUGACUUACGUGCACAUCACAGAACGCACACAGGAGAGAAACCUUAUGGGUGUCAUGACUGUGGCAAGUGCUUCAGUAAGAGCUCUGCCCUUAAUAAACACCGAGAGAUUCAUGUGCGAGAAAAGCUGCUGUCAUAGUCAGUGCUUAAGUAAGUUUCUGAGGAAGCCUCAGGAAAUGUAUCACUCGCAAAGUCCUUUCCUGUUUGCCCAGCUGGCCUAGGAAGUACUCCUCACGAUUUUGCCACUUUAUUUCUUGUGCUUCCCAGAUCUAGAUGAGGCCAAUGCCAGUGGCUUCAAGAUUAAAAAGUAGAUUUGGUUUGAACUGAUGGUAAUACCUCUUCCCUCUCGGUGCCUGUGUUGUUCCCUGAGAGAGGAUGUGGUAGCAUAUGCUGUGGAUCUCACCUAUAUCUUCCACUCACAUUGUCAUUCAGUGCACAUCAAUUGGAAAACCCGUUUUUCAGCAGUUUUUCAAGAAGCUGUGAGACGUGGGCCAUUUUGCUCACUUAAACCUGUGCAUACUCUUCAUUUAUCUUUAAAGAGUUUAAAGUCCAUCUUGGUUCUCUCUUUUCCCAAGAAUCUGGAGCUGGGGAUAUAGCUCAGUGGUAGAGCAUUUGCCUAGUAUGCACAAGGCCCUGAGUUCAAACGUGACACCCAGACACACAGACACAGACACACGAAUGCGAGGAAUGCACAUGUGGGGGAUGGGCGCAAAUAGAGAGUGAAAUAAUGUAAGUUUUCUAUAAUGUAAGUUUUCUAUAGUGUAAGUUUUCUUACACUGAAUUUCUUAGUUUCUUCCAGAUUUUACAAGGACUCUGGAAGUAUAUUCUGCAAUAGAAUAUACUACAUUUGAUUAUUCUCCCUUCUUUUCCCUCCUUGCCGCUGCCUCCUCCUCCUCCUCGUCCUCUUCCUCCUCCUCUUCCUCCUCCUCGUCCUCCCUGUAUAAAUUUCAUCUGUCCCUUGUGGACUAGUGGUCAAAAGAGCAAACUAGAGAUAUGGCGAUAGAAAAAGCAGUUAAGGUGCCAGCAGGAGUCAUCUGUUCCUCCUGCACUCCACACCUAGUAGAGUCAUGCAGCAAUAAUGCUCAAUACUAUUUGUAAGAAGCAGAACCACAGCCAUCUCCCCAAGUAUAGGUAAAACACACUUUACCCUAAAUGACAAGGAAGUGGUGGCACUA